AUGCCAAAGAAGAAGACAGGGCAGAGGAAAAAGUCAGAGAAGGCUAAAAUCCGGCAGAAAGAAAUUUUUAAGCAGCGAAUGCACAUCCCUGUGGCCAAUCAUAAUUGCAAUAAGUCCAUGGAAUGCGACAAAUGUGAAAAGCGCCAGAAGAACAGGGCAUUUUGCUAUUUCUGCGGAGCCUUACAACGCCUGCCCAUGUGUGCCCAGUGUGGCAAGACGAAAUGUCUUGCAAAGACGGGUGACUGUGUCGUGAAACAUGGUUCGGCACACGGAGCCAUAUGCGACUUCUGUGAGGCCUGGGUUUGCCAUGGACUCAACUGUCUGACUACGCAUGCUUGUUCCUGCCCACUGCGUGACUGUGUCUGUGUGGAAUGUCACAGGGAUGUGACGGAGCACGGUGGCCGUAUCUACUCCUGUGCUUUUUGUUCCCGAAUGCUCUGUGAAGACGAUCAGUUUGAGCAUCAGGCCAGCUGUCAGAGACUCGAGUCUGAGGACUUCAAGUGUCCUUCGUGCAAUCGUAUCGGUUCCAACGCCUGCAUGCGGUGCAAGAUGGUGUUCUGUGACGACCACUGUCGCCGCAAAGGCGUCAAGUACUCCCCAGGACAGCCAAUCCCCUGUCCAAAAUGCAACCAUCCUCUGGAUCAGGCCUACUGCCUCAGCAUAUCAAAAGACGAGGAAGACGAUGAGAAAGACAACACAGAGGAAGAAGACAAGGGGAAGGAGCUCAGCGAUCGGACCGCCAAAUUGUGUAUUUAG